AACACCGGUUGUCUUGAGAUGUUGGGACCAGCAGGCACAACCGACCGACCCUCAUUCCGCCGCACCUCAUCCCAGCGCACCGCAGAGCGAAGCCGUCGCAGAAAGCGCGCCCAAUAGCCAGCAUGUCUGGGAAGAGGGGCCGUCGAGGGUCACCCGGUCGCCGCUCCCACACCGCCCGAGCCGAGCUGUCCUUCUCCGUGAGCCACAUGGAGCGCCUCCUGCGGGAGGGCCACUACGCCCAGCGCCUGAGCUCGUCUGCACCCGUCUACCUAGUGGCCAUCAUCCAGUACCUGGCGGCCAGGGUCCUGGAGCUGGCGCGCCAUGAGGCCCAGAACAGCAGCAGGAGGCACCUCACUCCGGAGCCGGUGGACGUGGCGGCCCGCAGCAACGCGCUGCUCAGCGACUUGUUCAGGACUAUAGCACCAUCUCCCAGGUGGCCCUGGCCCAGCCCUAGCUGCCCAACGACACCUGGGUUCCCGGCCCCCGGGGGGCGCGGCCGUCAGGCGCCAGGUCCGCUCACCGACCAACCGCACAGCCCGGGCGGCCCCGGCCUGCCUGCCGCCUUGGGCACAGUCACUGCGAGUCAAUAA